UCUCUACAGAUUGUGGAAGCACCAAAGGAAAUUAAGAAGCACAUGGAAGAUGUGAGAAGUGAGGGAGCAAAGGAAUCUGAAAUACAAGAGAUUGUUAAUCUCGAAAUACCACUACUCACUCCAAGUGUGGGCUUUCAACAUGUUCUCAACUUCCACAAUCUAAAACAAAUAACAAUCUCGGGAAACCAGAAGUUGAAGAUUUUGUUCUCUGUCUCUGCUUGCAGAAACCUAUCACAGUUGUCUCAAUUACAAGUAAGGAAUUGUGAGGAAUUAGUUAAUGUGGUUGAAGAUGAUUCUAAUAAUCAUCAUCAUGACAUGAACUAUAGCUCCAUUUUCCCAAAACUGGAGGAUCUAAGUAUCGUCAAUUGCAACAAGCUGGAGUUUAUAUUUCCCCUGUCUCUUUUUGGUACUCUUCAAAAAUUAAAAUCUUUGAGUAUCUGGACAGCUGCUGAGUUGAAAUACAUUUUUGGGAAAUAUGAUGAUGGAGAUCGUUUAUCAAAUACAAUUCAUCUCCCUGCUUUGGAAACACUAAAACUUGUAGAUGUACCAAAGUUAAUCAACAAUAUUGGUGCCAAAAAAUAUCACCUCUGCUUUCCGCCUCUACAAAGCAUUGAUUUGGGGGAUCUUCAAGAGUUCAACGGAAGAUCUUUUCCAGAUUUGGUGGCUUAUUUACAAGGAAUACAAUUGAAUGUGAAAGCUCCAAAGGACCUGAUGAAAAUUAUCAAGGAUAUGCAGAAGCUGACAACUCUUAUGCUUGAAAUUCCUCUUCUCUAUCUCAACAUGUGGGCUGUUUCCAAAGUUGAAGGUUUUGAAAAUAGAAGAAGCCUCAGAGCUUGA